CGUUGUCACAGCAUUCGCAAGUACGGCACUGCGUCUGGGUUGUUUCUGCACUCUCUUGGCGAGAGUCGGUCUUCGACGGGUAGAGUUUAAAGAUCGCGUCAACUAAGUCUUCGCGUCGCUGAGGCCGCCGGAAAGAUUGGCGACAAUGAUCGUCACCCUCAAGACAUUACAGCAGCAGACGUUCAAAAUUGAAGUUGACCCGUCGGAAACGGUCAGAGUAUUCAAAGAACGGAUAGAAGAAAAGAAAGGCAAGGACUACCCCGCCCACUGCCAAAAACUAAUAUAUGCUGGUAAAAUCCUAAGUGAUGACUCCAAGAUGAGUGAAUAUGAAAUUGACGAAAAGAAGUUUGUGGUCAUCAUGGUGACCAAGCCUAAACAGUCUGUCGAUGCAACGGCUGCGACACCAGGGCCUGGAGCGACUUCGACGGUGGCCUCUGCGGGGACAGCCUCGCCUGCUGCUGCGAAGCAGCCAGUUACAGAUGCUCAGAAGCCUGCGGAAACACCCAGCGGCACCUCCAAAAGUCCUGUGCAGUCACCAGUGCACUCUGCGGCAACCACACCAACCUCGCGGCCAGCAGCAGCAGAGACCACAGGCCUGGCCAUGGCUGCCUCGGCGCUGGUCAUGGGCGACGAGUAUGAGCGUAUGGUGCAGCAGAUCAUGGAGAUGGGCUACGAGCGGCCUCAAGUUGAGAGGGCUCUGCGUGCCAGCUUCAACAACCCUGACCGGGCUGUCGAGUACCUCCUCACGGGCAUCCCUCCGUCGCAGCAAGACCCGGCAGAAGAGAGUCACGGUGCAACAGAGGAGUCCGAGGACGCCCCACGGGGUGUUCCCAGCAAUACAGCCAUGUCGUCGCCACAGUCGCAGCACGGCACCAUGGGAGGAGGCGGGCCCCUCGAAGCGGCAUUGGCAGCAGAGGGUGGAAACCCUGAAGACCCGUUGGCCUUCCUCCGCUUCCAGCCUCAGUUCCAGCAGAUGCGGCAGGUGAUUCAGCAAAACCCACAGCUGCUCAAUGCAGUGUUGCAACAGCUUGGACAGACGAACCCCCAGCUCUUGCAGCUCAUCUCCAGGAACCAGGAGGCGUUUGUACGGAUGCUGAACGAGCCCAGUCCACCGCCGGGUGGUGCCAGCCAGGGUGGUGGUGGUGCACCGGGUGGCCUGGGUAGCGGAGGAGGAGCCACCAUCGAAGUCAACUACGGCCAGGUCACACCUCAGGACAAAGAGGCCAUCGAGAGGCUGAAGGCAUUGGGCUUUCCCGAGUACCUGGUCGUGCAGGCCUACUUUGCCUGUGACAAGAACGAGAACCUGGCGGCCAACUUCCUGCUCUCGCAAAACUACGACGACUGAUGCCUCUCGACGCUGUGCCUUAAGCCCUCCUCUUCCACAGGUCCCUGCUGUCUGAAGCACAUCAAUGUCUCGGUUUGCUGCUGAUACUCGUCCUCACACAACAACAAAUGAAACAGAGCAAGACAGAAGAAGCACGUGCAUUCAAAACACCCUUCUGCAGUUUUUGUUGCUUUUUUUUUGUUAACGAGGCGGUAUUUAACUGAUCAAGAGCGAAAAGGGUCAAUAAAACAGAAAAAAGGCGAGGCAGACGACGCGCGUGACUAGGAGCCUAACUGUUGUGACGUCACCCACGCCUUGCGUGAUGUCAUCGUUUGCCGUUUCUGUGCGAGCAGCUGAUGCAUCGAUGGCUUGGUUUUGUUUUCUUUCCUCUGGGAGUGGCGUGUUUUUGUGUGGAUAUAUAUUUUUUGUACAGGAUAAGUUGACAUGAAAUGCUGUGCAAAAAUUGUUGUAGUUGAGCGUCGAAGAAAAAAAGGAGGGGAGGAAAUAAGCGGUUGUAUUCGCGCAGUGUUUGAGCGAAUUUCACUGCGCAUUUGCCGAAUGCUUGCUAUUCCUGUACGCGGUUUAUAGCGUGUUGAAAAUAAAUGACUCAUUUCGCAA